AUGACAAAAGUACUGGUUACAGGCGGCACAGGCUUUAUCGCAGCACAUAUCAUUGUCCAACUGCUGGAACGAGGCUACCAUGUUGUCACGACUGUACGAAGCGACGACAAGGGGAGAUCUGUCUUGAACGUUCACAAUAGCACGGACGUCAAGGACAGAUUGAGCUACAAGAUUGUGAAGGACGUGGCUCAACCUGGUGCUUACGACGAGGCUGUGAGGUCAAUUGCGAACCUCGACUUCGUGAUACAUGCCACAUCACCAGUUGUCUUUAGUGUUGAAGAUCCUGUCAGGGACAUGCUUGAACCUGCAGUGAACGGCACCACAAACAUACUCAAAGCUGUGAAAGCUUAUGCUCCUUCCGUGAAGCGUGUGGUGUUGCUGUCGUCUUAUGCAGCGAUGAGGGACGAUGACAGGAAGCCUCCGCCAGUUUACGAUGAGUCAUGGUGGAAUCCAAUUACCUGGGAGGAAGCUGUGCAGAACCCGAAGAAGACAUACCAAGGAAGCAAAGCGCUCUCCGAAAGAGCGGCUUGGGAUUUCAUGAGAGACGAAAAUCCAUCUUUCGAACUGGUCGCAAUCCAUCCUUCGCGUGUUUUCGGUCCUGCAGCACCACAUCUGAUUAGAGGAGAGCUUGACAAAGUGAACACUACCAAUAUGGUCAUAUUAGACAUGGUACAAGGCAAGAUGAAGGACAAGCUCGAGCCGACGGGAUUUUACAGCUGGGUUGGCGUUCGCGACGUGGCCCUUGCACAUGUUCGAGCCCUAGAGGUACCAGAAGCAGCUGGUAGGAGGUUCUUCUUGAUCGCUGGAUACCACUCGAACAAGGAAAUUGUCGAGAUCAUAAAGUCAAUGAGCCAUGAGCCAUGA